CUUCUGUGGACAGAUAAGUACAGUCCUCGACAUUCAGGUGAAGUUGUCGGUCAUUCAGCCUCAGUAAACAAACUGCACAGCUGGUUGAAGAAUUGGAAACUAAGAGCUGCCAGUGAUGAGAGGAGAGAUGCAGAAGAAAGGGCGCGAGAAGAACACCAGAUUUACGAUUCAUGGGACUGUGGAGACUUCCAGGGUGAGGCUGUGUGGGAUAAUGGAGGGGAGGAACCUUUGUGUAAGGCCUUGCUGCUCACAGGACCCCCAGGCGUCGGCAAGACAGCUUCGGUGUACGCCUGCGCUCAGGAGCUCGGCUUCAAGGUGUUCGAGGUGAACUGCUCGUCGCUGCGCAGUGGCCGUCUCGUCCUGUCUCAGCUGAAGGAGGCCACCCAGUCUCACCUGAUAGAGGCUUCGGGGCAAGAUCCACUGAAACCAGCGUACUUCAGCAGCUACAACCCCAACAGCUGCACUUCUAAACCUGAGCUAGUCCUUGGACAAGUCAAAGCUAAACCAUCCGUCACUUUGGCUCACUACUUUAAGAUGAAGCAGAAAGCUGAUCGUUUACACUUUUCUACCAUUUCCCAAUUUGGAAAAUCAGCUGUGAGGAAAAAGAAGGCCAACACACUGCAGGAGCGUCAUCAGAGCAGGACGGCGGCCAUGUCGCUCAUCCUGUUUGAAGAGGUUGACAUCAUAUUUGAGGAUGAUGUUGGUUUUCUUGCAGCAAUCAAGACUUUCAUGACAACCACACAAAGACCUGUUAUUCUGACCACUAACGAUUCAUCUUUUAAAGAGAGAUUUGACCGCAGCCUGGAGGAAAUCAUUUUUAAAACCCCAUCAGCAGUGAAUGUGUGCAGUUACCUGCAGCAGGUGAGUCGGGCUGAAGAGGUCAGUUUGGCUCCGGAUGACUGCAGCAGCCUUUUCAGAGCCACGCGAGGCGACGUGAGGCGCUGCCUGCUGCAGCUGCAGCUCUGGGUCCACAGUGGAGGAGGAUGGACAUCAAAGACUGGAGGACCAACUGGUUCACAGCGUGUGUUUCUCUUUAAGCAGGAGGUGGUUCAGACCCACAACUUCCUCUGUGCCAAGCAGGUUGUUCUGCCUCCAUGUUGGGUCUCCACCCUGUAA